AUGGUGUUCAAAAAUCUACACGCGCACACCAAAAAGGCUAUAGCUGGAGCUGGUGGUGCCCUUGGUGGGGUUCCUGUAACCAGAACUAUGCAUUCAAGGUUUGGGGCCUAUGACACCAGAGGAAGUAUAAUGACUGAACUGUUUGAUCACCCUGAUGAGUCAAUUUUGUACUCGACAGCUACCAUAACAAAUGCAACCUCAAAACUUUGUCAACUAUGGCGACCCAAGUUUGGUGUUGAGAUAUGGAAGAAGAUGCUAAACUAUGAUGGUAUAAUAACUAAAACAUACAAUUCCGAUCUUAAAAAACCAUUGGCUUCAAUUGCAAUGAAACAGGAAAGUCUGUUCAAGGGAAGGAAAAUGUAUAAAACUGCAUACACAAACUCUAGUUUAUAA